AUGGAGAUCCUGGAGGAGAGAGAGGAAGUGGAGGAAACACCAGAAGACGCGAUCUCUUCGAAUAUCAGUGAUUUCCUCGAUGACCUGGAUAAAGCUGUGGAGGAAGCCCCUGUCACAAGGGAUGAAUCUGAUUUUGACUGGAGCUCCAUUGACACAUCCCACUUACCAUCUUCGUACAAGACAAACUCCCAGCAGGAAAAAGAACUGCUGCAGCUCGCUGACCAUUUCUUCCAGCAGUACACUCACCUGUGCCCUGACCGCAAGCCACUCUUCAUCCACCCUCUCAACGAGUGUGGUGUGCAGAAGUUUGUGAGCACCACAGUGAGGCCAACCCUGCUGCCUUUCCCAGAUCUGUACUACUGGUCAGACUGUGCCAGCUUCGUCUGUGAUUACCUCAUCAUGGAGCCCCUCAAGUGCCCAAUCACACCGCCCAGUUCACUCUACUCCCCAACCACCAUUCUGAAAUACCGGCGAGGGAACUGCUUUGACUUCACUGUGCUGCUGUGCUCCCUGCUGAUCGGGGCUGGCUACGAUGCCUACUGUGUACAUGGAUAUGCCACCCUCGAGAUGUGCUCCCUGGACCAGACUCAGGAGCUGUGCCCACUGCUCAGGAAGCCCCCAGAGGUACCAGAAGAGGAGGAUCCCAACAAGUACAGAAUUAAGUACCCUUUAGACCCACAGAGCAAGUUUGAGCUUCAGCAGGCCAAGAAGGAGGAAGAAACUGAAUCUGCACAAGAGGAGGAAAGAGAAGAGGAGGUGGUCAUGGAGGUGGGAAUGCCCAAGCGAGACCCUUUGCAUGGCUUACGGGUGCACGCGUGGGUUCUGGUGCUGCCUGGGAAGAGGAAGGUUCCAGAGACCUUCUUCAUCAACCCGUUCACAGGAAAUCAGCACAGCACCACGGAUGCGUGCUUCCUUGGCAUUGAGAGCAUCUGGAACCACAGGAACUACUGGGUGAACAUGCAGGACUGCCGGAAAGGCUGCAAGGAUCUCAGCUUUGACUUGAGUGAUUCUCUUUGCUGGGAAAUUAUGUUUUCAGAGAGAAACAAGCCCUCUCAGUCACCCACAGAGUCACCCAAGAAAGACACAGAUGACGUGCAGGAAAAAGGGGAAAUAGGCAUGAGCUUUGAGAUGCCACUGUCAUGGGUAACCCAAAUUAGGGUCUCUUACAGAGAAUAUGAGAAUCCCUUUUCCCGGGGGAAGAAGGUGAUCCUGUAUGAUAAAGCAAAACUGGAGAAAUGGGCAGCGUACGCGAAUGGAGAUGGGCUGGUGGAACGCCUCACUGUCUAUGCAGACUCAGACCGUACUGAAGAACUGGAGGUGAAGGAAUGGUUUAAACACCGAGAAGACCUGUUGUAUAUGAGAGAAGUGAAUAAACAAACACAGCUGAUCACAGACCAUUUCAGGCCAGGACACCCCCUCCUUCUUAAAGCUCACUCCUACACGUCACUGGAUCCUGAGACUGGGCACACAGUGGAGUUCUACCACACAGCACGAGUUGAUGGCCUCUGGAAACGUUUUGAAAAUGCUACUGAGAUGACAGAGUACUUUGUGGGGCGGGAGGACUUCCUGCACAUGCGGCACAUAGAGUUUGGCAAAAGAGACAAGGAAAUGGAAAACACUGGCAUCACAGCUGAUGCUAACCCCCGGCCUAUAGUGCAAAUCAAGGAGUAUUUCCACAGAAAUCCGGAAAAGCCUGCUGAUGAAGAUAUAGAGGAACGUAUCUUUAUGGUCAUAGAUGAUAUCAUCCAGCUGACAUAUCACCUCGAGCUUCAUGACACCAUUGCCUCAAAGGUGGUUUUCUGCAGAGUAAUAGGGAGGGAGAAGAGAGAAGAUGAAAUCUUCCUGAGCAGAGAAAACACUGUCAAAUACGAGCCAUGGUCCUCAGAGAAACACAGGAACAUGCUCCAUCUGUAUGACUUGCUGUGGGAGCUGAGAGCAGAACAGAAGGAGCUGAAGCACCAAGUCCGGGACUCUGAAGCAGAGAUACUAAAUAUUUUGAUGGCCCGUGAGGAUGAAGAAGCCAAUAUUAAAUUGUCAAUUUCAAUGUACAGCACUGCAAAGAGAGGACAACAGCAAGAAGCCACGGUGCUGGAAGAGGAGCAGAAUUCCUUGGAUAAUGAGAGUCAGCACAUCGGAGGGGAGGCUGAAUCCCUUACCCAUCACACUGCAACCAGCUCCACUGUCUGAAGCAGACACUCUGCAGGGACUGGGAAUGAGUGCCACAGCAGGGCGGGUGUACAAGUCAGCCCCCCAGGAACUUGGCAUUGAAGCUCCUCUGUGAAAUAUUUUAAUCC